AUGGCAAAUUCUUCGCCAAGAUCUUGGCCUGACGCCGUACAAGUAUCAGAAACGCCAGAAGUUGACGGCAACCACGAAAGAGAAGAGAAAAACUUGUACGGCGUACUCCCAGAACGACAGGAUUUAUUCGAAAGGCCCACCGGACAAGGAUCAGAGGGCUCAUUGUUUCCCGUGGGCACAGCAGCAUUUCGGCGACGGUUGGUGGUGCUUCCAGCAAGACGGCGCGCCCGGGCACAAGGCAUACGUGGUCAUCCGCGACAACUGCCCCGAUUUCAUCAAAGUCAACCCUCAUUGGCGGAGUCCCAUCGGCGAAUGGCCACCAAGUUCUCCGGACUUGAACCCGUUGGAUUACUCAAUUUGGAGCAUUUUGGAAGAAAAAGCAUGCGCGAAGCCCCACCCGACUGUCGAAUCGUUGAAGCGCGCAUUGAUCAAGGCCUGGGAUUAAAUCAGUGGUGA